AUCCUAUAAAUUUAAUAAGCUUACAGCCUCUAUUCACAUCCCAAGCAUCUCUUUCUCCAUCUCAAGCUGAAAUGGCAACUCUUACAAGAAAAAACUUGGCAAUCAUUGUUUUAGCAGGAAUUUUCGCUGGUGUCCUACCAGCUUACGUAGUGGCUCAAAACUGUGGCUGUGCAGCAAAUGAGUGCUGUAGCAGAUGGGGUUUCUGUGGCACCACCGAAGAAUAUUGUGGCACUGGGUGCCAAGAAGGUCCUUGCAUUGCUCCUCCUCCUACAAAUGAUGUCUCAGUGCCUGAUAUCGUGACAACAGAAUUUUUCAAUGGAAUAAUUGAUCAGGCUGAGGAUAGUUGUGUGGGAAAGAGCUUCUACUCUCGAGAGGUGUUUCUUGAUGCUCUGAGCUCGUAUCCUAGGUUCGGCAGGGUUGGGUCAGUUGAUGAUUCCAAGCGUGAGAUCGCAGCUUUCUUUGCACAUGUCACCCAUGAGACUGGACACUUUUGCUACAUAGAAGAGAUAAAUGGUGCUUCCAGGGACUACUGUGACGAGGACAACACACAAUAUCCAUGUAAUCCUGACAAAGGAUACUAUGGCCGCGGACCAAUUCAACUAUCAUGGAACUUCAACUAUGGACCAGCGGGAGAAAGCAUUGGGUUCGACGGAUUGAACUCUCCCGAAACUGUAGCCAAUGAUCCAUUGAUUUCAUUUAAGACUGCUCUCUGGUAUUGGAUGAACAGUGUCCAACCCGUCAUAAGCCAAGGGUUUGGGGCGACGAUUCGAGCCAUUAAUGGUGCUCUUGAAUGCGAUGGUGGAAACCCUGCUACCGUUCAAGCCCGCGUAGGGUAUUAUACUGAUUAUUGCAGCCAACUUGGCGUUGCCCCAGGGGAUAAUCUCACUUGUUAGGACGACUACGUCAGAAAUACAUUCAUAUUUUGCUCUUUUUUUCUUCUUUUUUUUUCAGGUAUGCAUUUUCUUUGUAAUGCUAGUUUGAUUUUGAUUUCUGUUGGGCCUAAAAGGAAAUAAAUAGUGCAAUUAAGUUUGUUAAUUAAGUGAAAUGAUAACCAAUGAACUUUUUCAAUGAAGAUAACCAAGGAGAGUAGAUUUUGCAUUAA